AUGUGGAAAACUCGAUUUGAAGUGAACAAUUCUAAUGGUAAUAAUUUAAUUCGUCAUCGUAAUCUUUCGUCUUCAUCUACAAUAAAGCAUAAUUAUUGUACAUGGUCAUCAUCAACAAUAGCUCGUACUCGAGAUGAUUCACCACAUGCUGUUAUUCGUCCAUAUUCAUCAUCAUCAUCAAUACCAAAUCUUGAAAUUCUUACUGAAGAAGAUGAGGAUAUUUCAUGUUCAAAUUUAUCAAAUAAUAAUCGAAUUAAUUCCCUAUCCAUAAAAUUACGUAAACAAAAUUCUUAUCAAACUGUUAAUAGACAUCAAAUUGUUCUUCCAACAAUUGUUGAAUCAAAUGAUCAUGAAGUAAUGAUUGAUAGUCUAUCAGAAACAAAUGAUGUAAAUGUUACUAACAAGGAAUCAAUUAAUGAUAGUCAUAAUAAAUAUAUGAUUAAAUCUACAUUACAAGAUUCAUUUGUGGCAACAAAUACAAAUUAUAAUCAAGUUAUGAAUGUUGACAUCGAAAGAAAAGAACGAACAUUAAAUACAAAUAUGAAUUAUGAUAUGACUGAAUUUACACUUGAUAAACAUGUUAAUGAAAUUUUACAACAAAAAACUCCAAGAUUAAAUCAACCUACGUCUUCAUCAACAGAUUUUGACAAAAACAAGAUAUUCAUACCAACAACAUUUAAAGAUAUUAGUGCAUUUUUUGAGACGAAAGUAUUAGCAGCUACAACAAAUCACACAUUGGAACAAAAGAAAAUAGUACGAGCUAAACGAUCACUUUCAUUAAAGCAAUAUAUGCCUAGAAAUAAAAAUAAUUUACCAAAGUUAGAAAUCAUUUCAUCCACUGAACCAGAGUCAACUAUUUUUCAUCAUCAAAUUAAACGAAUAAAGAAAACACAUAAAUCUGAGUUCGAGUCUAUUGCUGAACAGGAUCAUAUAAUUAGUGAUAGUCUUGUAAAACAAUCAAUUAGUUUCGAUAGUAACAUAAAAGAAAUUGAAUACGAAGAUCGAUCAAAACAAUUACCAAAACUAAUGAACAACAUGCUUUUAAAGAAAACUCUUCCAAAACAAUGGUUGAUUUUUUUAUUACUUAUUAUUACUAUACUUGUAUGUUUAUAUUUAUCUAAUUUAACAAAUGUUUAUAAAUAUGUUUUUGGAUCAAAUCCAUUUGUUUAUCUUCAACACUAUCUAUUAUAUUUUUUUCCUCGACAAUCUAAAAAACAAAUUGAUUUAAUAGAUAAAAAUGUUAUUUCUCGAUAUGGACAAUUUGUACGAAAUCGUUUCUUUUCAUUACUUGACUUAUUUGUUACAUUCAUUGGUGAAAUAUUUUUUCGUAUUGAUAAAUAUGAAUAUACAAAUAAUAUCGUCUAUGUAGUAACUUCAACCUAUGAAAAUAUAUAUGAUCGAUUUAUACAUUUGUUUAAAUAA